AUGGAAAACCGGUCCAAACAGGUCAAGGUGACAUUACCUCCUCUCUCAGCUCUCACCACUUCCAUCGAUCUCGAACGCAACCGCGCUCAUCCAUCCGCUCACGAUCGCAAUCACAUCCAACAAAGCCCCGUUAUAAAUGCGCACGAUGUAGUCAUGAGAGACGUCCGAAGGUCCAGCGUUCAAUAUGACACGGAUGCGUCUUUGAUGCAUGGCGAGGCUCGUUGGUCAAAAGAGUGCACCAUCCCAAGAGAGCUUCAACGCUCUUCGGCAGCCAACUCGCCUUCUAUCCACACCAUCCAGAGUUUACCAUCCACAUCUCCCUCGUCGUCUUUUCACAACGAGCUGACCCUUCAGCCAGUGUCGCCACGUCCACCCAGGUCUAUCACGCGCGGCAUCGCAGAGUCGAACAGACCGCGUUCCAACUCGUCGCCACACAAGAAGAGGAUGCAGAAUCCGCCAAGAAGAUCGUCGCUCGCCGAAGCCUCAGAAGCUGAUAGGAUUCUCGAUAGUCUGCUCUAUGUCCAAAACAUUAAUCGCCGCCUCGGGCUCAACGUCGCAAGCCCUGCUUCGCCAUCUCUAUUUCGCAGAUCCGACGCGACUAGGCUGCUACACAACAAGCUGCUCGAUGAACUUGACAAUAUGGCCCUCUUCUCCCAGUCGCGUGCGGAAUCGGUCGCAAAUCACAUUGGCCUUGGCGACUAUCUGGCACCCUCACGAGCUUUUCCAAAUCCAGAGUCACUUCGAGACGUGACGCACGACAACGCCAAUCUGCACGCGCCAGCCGUUUCCUCGGGUCAAGCCGGUCACUCUGCAUGGCCUCCGAACGACUCUACCGAAAGGAUGCAUCCAUCCAUAGGUCGACUCAGCUUGGAAGACCGGCUUCCUCACGAAUCUGAUCAUUAUUAUCCACCCGAUGCACUCGAGCGGGAUUACCGAGAAGCUCGUGCUGAGCCUCGCACGGGCGCGCGCGACGCCUACGCCGCACAUCUCGUCCAUGCCGACCCUCCUCAUCGCCCCAUCUCAAAGGCCGUCUCCUUUGAGCAUGCGCGCGCCCAUUCACGUUCUUACCAUCACGGCCAUCCCUACGAGCCUACUCCGACCGAAUUUCCGCGCUUUGAGGCUGAAGCGCGCGCAUCACACGAACAGCUGGUACAUCAUCCCUACGCACACGCUGCUCCGCCGCCGCCCGUGUAUUUUGCAGACAGUCGACAUCAGCAGCAGAUGGACCUUCUAGAUCGAAGGCGACUGGCUGGAAAAGGCAUGAAGAGGGUCCGUAAGCGCAAGAACGAGCAUCAUCAGGAAUGUCUGGGUUGUCAGGCAAAGGAGACGCCAGAAUGGAGAAAGGGCCCCAUGGGUCCGCGAACGCUGUGUAACGCGUGCGGGCUACUGUACGCCAAGCUUACCAAGCGCAAGCAGCAGGAAGCGGAAGCUGCUGCCAGAGCCAGCGGCAAAUCUGCCGAAGACAUUGUCAGAGAACGGGAAGAGUCACCUGGAGCCAAGCAAGCCAGCCUCGAGGCGCUACGAGCCGAGCUCAACCUCGCCAAUGGCUUGCGCAAUCGACCAACGUCGUCGACCGCUUCAUCGAUGGGCUCCUCCAAUAUGCUCAACGCGCCGCAACUCGCCACUGAAUUUUCGUCUCCGCGUUUCCACGAGGGCAUGCAUCAUGAUGCCGCUUCCAACCAACCGUGGCCUGCUCGACAUGCCGAGGACGUUCAGCUUUUUGCUCAUCAUCCCCCGUCUCAUCGCACCAUGAUGGUCAGCCCCGGCCGAUCCAAUUCUCUGAGUCAUGUCGAGAGCUUGGACCAACUAGCAAUCCACCAUCGGAUCGAUAGUGGCUCGGGUCCAUCAGGUACAUAUACACGUUCAGCGCCAAUGCGGCCGUAUACAGGAGGUGAUAGCCCCUCCUCGCGUCCAUUAGCGCAUCAGCCUGUCAGGCAGCGCUCCUCCACCCUACAGUCCUCCGCUGCGGCACCUCCACGCCACACCACCUCUCCUUAUGAUCGGACAGUCUCACCAGGCACAUCCUCCGCGCACGCAUACGCUCAUCCCGCGCCUGGUGUGCAACGACGACCUCAUCGGUAUAUGUAA